AUGGGUAUUGGCAUAGGCAUGGGCAUGUUUGAUGUGGACUUUGAAAGGGAACAUCACCCACAUGAAAUCGACGCAUUGUCGACGCAGUCUCGUAAAAAUACAACACACGUGCAUACCUCGUACGACGACCACCGCGUCAACCGUUCUUCACCCUCAGCAAAGAGUAACGAGUCAACCAAGUCAGGACUCAGGCCAGCGACUAUGGACUCGACCACCAUGGAAGAGAUUGACGCCAUGCUUCUUGAACAGCUCGGAACUACCAGAGCCGAAGCCGGCCCCCUCGAGGAGGACAUGUCCGUGUGUCCGCCUCAUGGCCCAUACCCCCCAGGCGCUUGCCUCAUCACGACUCCCGAGAACCCCUACGAGGAUUACAACGAGGACGAGAUAGUCUCUCUGAUUCAUCAAAUCUAUCGCAUCUUUCUGAAGCUUCUUUCCAUAGAGCCAUUGGAUGUCACCUUUCCCCCGAAGACACCAGGAGACACCCCGACAUCGACAGGCCCCGACGCCAUCUCCCUGGUCGAGCGCCUGCCGUAUCCAAAUAAAAGCCUCAGCAGGGAUAGACCCCCCCGUGACCCUCGAAUAUGGCUAAAUGAUGUGUGGUACUACUUCUUCGACCGCUUAGAUGCCAUUCGCACCUUAUCUGGCUUGGCAGAGCUCCCUGCCAAGGGGGACUGGAUUCCGUCUGAUUUUGAGCGGGAGAGGCCCGACGAUCUCAACCACUAUCGCAACUGCCCGGCAUACCAUGCGCCAUUCGUGCUGAGCACCUACGUCCAAGACCUUUGGAACCUGAAAAUCGGAAUGAAGCGAGUGGAAGACGAAGCCUUCAACGAGAAGGAGAGGUUGCACAGGCUGCACGUGUUGGAACCUUGCAAGCCCGGGGGUCUCGACGAACUGACGGAAAAGUGGCGUGCCGAUCCUGAACUUGUUCCUGAUAUCUUACCGGGCACAGGCGCGGAUUCAUGA